CCUGAUCCUGCAGAGACCUCAUCCUUCGAGCCGUAUCUCUUGUACUAAAAUCCUCCUUCGCAAAUGCCCCCCUGACAGCCCUCCUGAGCCCGCCGUUCCCGUGGUUAUCCCGGCUCGCAGAUGUUCUUCCUACAAACUUGGCGCUACUUCAAGGGCUCGCUCCACCGGGCCUUCUCCCCCCCGCCGUCCCUCAGGGCCGUGGUCCCGGCGGGCGGGCAGCGCGGCGGCUCUCGCCUCCCGGGGGCCCCGCGGGCUGCGCUGGCGGCCCCGGCAACGGCCGGGACCCGGCGCCGGGACCCCGCGGCCCGACCCGCCUCCUCCUCCGGCAGGUGCGGCCCUGCCGGGCCGCCGCUGCGCACUGGGCGGGGCGGGGAAGCUCCUCCUGCUCGGGCACCGGAGCGGCACAGCCGGGACGGCGGCUCUGCGGCGCGGGAGCUGCUUGCCCGCGGCUCGUCCCCCGCUGCCGUCGGAGCGGGGCGGAGAGGUGGCGCCGCCAGCGCCGUGCGCGGCCCCGGCACCUGCCCGAGUCUUUAGAAAAUCUAAAGAAAAGAAGGGCAAAUGAUUUUAACCAGCUCCAGCCUCAGAGAAGCGUGGAAAUCUUCAGCUGCAUUCAAUACUAUUCUGGAACACUUGCAGCUUUUCCUAGAGGAUAAUAUUUUGAUAUUCAGAAGACUGAAGGAUGCCAUCUGAGAGGUGCCUGAGUGUUCAGGAAAUGCUGACAGGUCAGAGGCUUUGUCAGUCUAGCUCCCACAAUGAUGCUGUCCUGGCAGCUCUGAACCAGCAAAGAAGCGAUGGCAUACUUUGUGAUAUUACCCUUAUUGCUGAAGAGCAGAAAUUCCAUGCACAUAAAGCAGUCCUGGCAGCCUGCAGUGACUACUUCCGAGCAAUGUUCAGUCUCUGCAUGGUUGAGAGUGAAGCUGAUGAGGUGAAUUUACACGGUGUCACAAGCCUUGGUUUAAAACAAGCCCUGGACUUUGCAUAUACUGGACAGAUCCUCUUGGAACCAGGGGUGAUACAGGACGUCCUAGCAGCUGGGAGUCAUUUGCAGCUGCUGGAGCUUCUCAGUUUAUGUUCUCACUAUCUCAUUGAGGAAUUAAAUAGUUUUAAUUACUUGGACCUGUACAAGCUUGCGGAUCUUUUCAACCUCACUUUGUUGGAGAAUGCAGUCAUUGGCUUCUUAGUAAAACAUCUCUCUGAGCUAUUGAAGAGUCAUCCUGAGGAAGUUCUGGCACUCCCUUACUGUCUUCUUCGAGAGGUUUUUAAAAGCGAUAGACUCACUUCACUCAGUGAAGAACAAAUCUGGCAGCUGGCUGUGAGAUGGUUGGAACACAACUGCCGCUACCAGUAUCUGGAUGAACUCCUGCAGUACGUCCGCUUUGGCCUUAUGGAUGUAGAUACACUGCACACUGUAGCUCUUACUCACCCUCUUGUCCAGGCCAGUGAAACUGCGACAGCGCUCAUUAACGAGGCCUUGGCUUACCACCAAAGCGUCUACGCGCAGCCGGUUUGGCAAACUGCGAGGACGAGGCCUCGCUUCCAGUCAGACACUCUUUACAUUAUUGGUGGGAAAAAACGGGAAGUCUGUAAAGUGAAGGAAUUGCGAUAUUUCAAUCCAGUGGACCAAGAGAACGUUCACAUCGCGGGGAUCGCUAACUGGAGCGAGCUGGCGCCCAUGCCUGUGGGGAGGAGCCACCACUGUGUUGCUGUCAUGGGAGACUUUCUUUUUGUAGCUGGUGGAGAGGUAGAGCACUCCACAGGGCGCACGUGUGCCGUGAGAACUGUCUGUCGAUACGACCCCCGCACCAACUCCUGGGCGGAGAUAGCCCCGAUGAAGAACUGCCGGGAGCACUUUGUGCUGGGAGCCGUGGACGAGUACCUCUAUGCCGUAGGGGGCAGGAACGAACUGCGUCAAGUGCUGCCCACAGUUGAACGCUACUGCCCCAGGAAGAACAAGUGGACCUUUGUACAGUCCUUUGAUCGGUCGCUCUCGUGCCAUGCGGGAUAUGUGGUGGAUGGUCUUCUUUGGAUAUCAGGAGGAGUAACAAAUACUGCACAAUAUCAAAAUAGACUCAUGGUCUAUGAUCCUAAGCAGAACAAGUGGCUGAGCCGCAGCCCAAUGCUGCAGAGGAGGGUGUACCACUCCAUGGCUGCUGUCCAAAGGAAGCUGUACGUGUUGGGCGGGAAUGACCUGGACUACAACAACGAUCGGAUCCUGGUCCGCCACAUAGACUCCUACAGCAUAGACACCGACCAGUGGACCCGCUGCAGCUUCAACAUGCUGACAGGUCAAAAUGAGUCUGGAGUUGCUGUCCACAAUGGUAGAAUAUAUUUAGUUGGUGGCUAUUCGAUUUGGACAAAUGAGCCUUUGGCAUGUAUCCAGGUGCUGGAUGUAAGCAAGGAGGGAAAGGAAGAGGUAUUCUAUGGGCCAACACUCCCCUUUGCUUCCAAUGGAAUAGCAGCCUGCUUUCUUCCAGCUCCUUAUUUCACGUGCCCCAACCUUCAGACUCUGCAAGUGCCUCACCACAGGAUCGGCACAAUGUGACACAUUCCUCGCCCUUCACAGAAUCAGAAGUGGAGGGGGAAAACAUCAAACCCUGUGUAUUGAAGGGUUUCUCUGGGUCAGUGAAAAGAAUCAAUCCACCUGGGCUGCUGCUUUACCAUCACACAUUUGUCUUAAAGUCGGCAGGCAAGAAGGAAGUUCCAAAGCCUGCGAGCGGUUUCUCUCCUCGGCCUCGGACGCAGAAGCAGAUCCCUGGGAGCGCUGUGCAUUUCUGCUGGUGACUAUUUGCUACGUGUCUUCUUCAUUUCCUUAUGCAACUUUGUCAGGCAUUGUGGAUGCUCUCAGCUCCUCCUGGGCUGUUGCUCUUUGGAAUCUGCACAUUCAGUUGUUCACCAGUGGCGCUUUCAAAGACAAUAGAAAAGCUCUGUUUAUGUUGACAAAGAUGAUAUAAUACUGUGCUCAUUAUGCAACUUACUCAAUACCUUUGGCAAAAAGAAUAACAAAUGUGUUGACUUCCAAUUCUGAACUCCAUCGUUUACAGUUUCUCAUUUAAUAAUACUUCAUUUGAAAUUUAAAUACUUCAAAAGAGAUUAAAACAAAAUAAAAAACAAACAAGCCCUAUAGGAUAUGAGGAACAGAUAAAAAUUGUCUCAGCUGAAAGGCAAAGAAAAUGAAGCCCCAUGGUUAAACUCAAGUCUGAACUGAAUGUGUUUGUCUGAGAAUAUAAAGAAUGUUUGGGAUGUCAUUUACCAAGGUCUACUACCAAAUAAAUGUUACCUUCUGUCAUAUGAUCAAUUCUUCCUGACAGCUGCAGUCUUUUAAUGGUGGAGAUCAGCCUCUUUACUGUAUAAUUAAAAUGUGCCAUUUACUUAAUACUUUUAAUAUCCAGUUUGCAAGGGGUCACCACAUUUACAAUUAUCAAUGAACAGUCUCAUUUUGUCCAACAUAUGGUCCCACAAAUCACUGGUCUCCAGAGGCUAAACAGGUGUAGAACAAUGUCAAUAUUUAUUUAUUUAUUCUUUCAGUUUAUAUAGUGUGUCUCCAUUCCACUCUCCAGGCAUAUGCCAGCUCACAGCAAAUACUCUAACCUGGUAUAUUUUGGCUUUGCUUGGCUACUGCAGUCCCUGUCUCUUAUCUCUGUGUUUUAUUUACAUAUUGAACAAAAAUGUCAAUGUUUGUAAAUAUUAACCAAGCAUGUAAUUAAAUCUUUCUCUAUUUCUGAUUUAUGGAUACUCUGCACUUCUCUGCCUUACCUACUGAUCAGCUCCCUGCCACAGUGCUGCCUGAGCAGACCUGUCAAAUUGCUGCUGAUGCUCCUGCUAAUGCCACAUGUGGGAUGUGCUGCAGCUGUAGCCCGUGCCUGCUGGACAGGAACAGGUUUGACUUUGUCCAGUGAGCAGCACUUUCUAAUCAAAACUAUCUUUUCCCUUUUAAGGGUCUGAUUACAGGGAGGUAACCUUAUUAUCAUUUCUCUCUCCUGCUGGGCAGUAUACUGGUGGAACAUCACCUUUCCUUUUCCAUACUUAUCAGGUUAGAAUGUUUUACGUGUUUGUUUUUUGUUUUUUUUUUUUUCCUGAGCUUUCUCACUUCCCUUGCCUGGAGCAGAGCUGCAGCUGCACAGUCUGCCUGGCACACUGACUCGAGUUGCUAACACCCUCUCCCCUCUGUGCACCAAGCAUGCCUAUGCCUAUAUCUAGGCAAGACUUUUCUCUGCUGCAUGGGAGCUGGAUAGGAUGUAUAUCAAGACAGAUUUUAAUUUCUUGUUUAGUUUGUUUGAUCUCCUGGAAAUCUGCCUGCAAGGGACAGCUCUCUGAACAGUCCAUUUACAGAAAUUGUUCUCCGGUGUGGGCUGCAGGGCCCAAGCCAGGCAAGUAUUCAGACUGUGACUUAGGUGUGGCUGUCAGGGACACAAAUGGAGUUCAUGUCUCAUGUUCAACAGGAGGGUGGCUAACAUAAUCAAAAUGUGUGCAGAGGCUUUGAGUCUCAUCCUGGAGGUACCACACCAGGUGAGUGAGCCACUUUUAUUUCGGGGGCAGAACUGACACUUCCUGUUUGGAAAGUCCAGGGCACCUCUGGACAAUAGUGCAAAGUGUAUUUUCUAUGUCUCAGCUUUUAUUCCUAGGUGUGAUAGCUUACCACAGCUGUAGCUACGGAAUAAUUUCUAAACUGCUGCUUCUGGAGAGCAAGGGGAGGGAUAUGAAUGGAUCAGGAUGACUGCUGAGCAGCAGCACAAAGGGGCAGCAGUGGCCUGGGUUUGAGAAGCAGAGGGGGCAGCUUCCUCAUGCAAAGCAGCAUGUGCCUCUUGGUUCGAGGUCUGAAAGGCAAGAAAGUUAUUUAUCAUGUUUGUUCUGCCCUUUAGACACUUCUGCUGCUCUGGCUGUUGUCACCAAUUGUCUGCACUGUGAAUGGCAGUUUUAAACAGCUGUGCAGUUGCAUUAUAUUGGCUGGGGUACCUCUGCCACAGAGCCUCAGGACAACACAUAUGCUCCUAUUAGUGUCAGGAUCCUGCUCUGGCUCUUAAUCACCAGGCUCCACUGAUUACAGAGGUCUUUCACAGCAACCUCUUUGUCUUGUAAGGUUUUGUAUUCCACUUUCCUAUCUGGGUCUUUCUGCUUUUCUUGCAGGACCUACAGGACAGAUGGAGGGUGCUUUGUUGCACCUGAAGUCAAUGAGAAAAUGCCUCACAGCCCUUGCCAGAUGAGCAAAACCCAGUUAAUUAUUGCCAGGUAAGAAAAGAGAACAGUGUGGAUGCAAGAGCAGAGAGUACCCUGCCAUGGCAGAGGGGUCUCAGCUGGAAGGAGUGAGGAUGGGAGAGCAAGGCUGGCUUCACCUGCCACCUGCAGCUGUGCAGGACUCCUGCAAAGGCUGCCUGGUGAGCUGAAGUUUCUGCAUCACCACGUCCUUGCUCUGCCAUCCUUCCAUUGAAUGUCUCUGGCUUCUAAAAGUGCCAUGGUUGCAGAAUCCUGUGUGUGACCUCCUCAUCCACUCGUGAUGUUCUAAAUUUUCUACCACUUUGGGCAGACACACAACUCUGAACCCAACCUUUGUCCCUACCCAGCCUAUUGGUUUUGGUAAGUACCUCUGACACACAGUUU